GCCUGCCGCGCCGCGCUGGGUCGGGGUGGCCAACGCUCCCGGCGCCUUCCCACCGCUGCCCGAGGCCCGGGGAGGAGCGGCCAGUGUUCGUGGGCGGGGGCGUGCGGCCUGGACUGUCCCGCCGGACGGGCAUUGUCUCCCCGCCCUCCCGGGCUCGAGGUGGGCCGCGCGCCGGCCACGGUCCGGGCGUCCAGCGGUGGGCGAGCGGCGCCGCGUCCGUCCCACGCCUGCUACCAGCGCGCCCCUCGCUCCCUACCCCGGACUCCCUCAUCGCCCUCCUCCGAGGCGCAGCUCCCGCGUGGCCGGUACCGCGUCUCGGCGGCAGAGAGCUGAGAGGGACUAGCACGGCCCGCGGGCGGCACCCUCACUCCACGGCCCUUUCCACCCCGACCCCCCUCCCCAUGACCUUGGGGGCCGGCCGGUCGGCACCUCGGUUCACGCGGGCUGUUGUCAUGGGUGUGGGAGGGCUUUUUUCACAGUCCCAGAACCUGGGCUUUGGCGGAGGUGAGCCCACAAGUUAAUUAGUUUGGAAGGACAUGACUGAAGACACUCAGUUCCUCCUCCUCUCUCCGGGUUUGUCCUGGCAGCCAGGCCAGGACCCCAAAGCUGGCCUGAGUGGAUCCUGCCAGGAGGGGCGACCACAUCUCGUCCACUGGUCAUGUGCGAAAGGGAGGGAGUGUGAGGCGGCUCCCUUGGAAUCACCAGCAGCUGGGUGGCUCAUGGAUGGUCCGGACACUGUUUGUCAGCGGCCUCCCUGUGGACAUUAAACCCAGAGAACUGUACUUGCUCUUCCGGCCGUUCAAGGGGUAUGAAGGGUCCCUGAUCAAGCUCACCGCGAGACAGCCUGUUGGUUUUGUGAUCUUUGACAGCCGGGCAGGAGCAGAAGCAGCCAAGAACGCGUUGAACGGUAUUCGCUUCGAUCCUGAGAACCCACAGACGCUGAGGCUAGAGUUUGCCAAAGCCAACACCAAGAUGGCCAAGAGCAAGCUGAUGGCGACUCCAAAUCCCAGCAACAUGCACCCCGCCCUAGGAGCACACUUGAUUGCACGGGACCCCUAUGACCUGAUGGGGGCUGCUCUGAUCCCUGCAUCCCCAGAGGCCUGGGCCCCCUACCCUUUGUACACCACAGAGCUGACCCCAGCCAUCUCCCAUGCUGCGUUCACCUACCCAGCUGCCACUGCCGCCGCCGCCGCCCUCCAUGCUCAGGUGCGCUGGUACCCUUCCUCUGACACCACCCAGCAAGGAUGGAAGUACCGUCAGUUCUGUUAGUUCUUCAGUCUGGUCACCGGGGAGUUGGUUUUGGGAAUCUAUGGUGGUGCCGGCACAGGCGCCCUGAGCUCCCACCGUCCCCGGGCGGCCUGUACAGAGCUGCUGCUGCCCUCCAGAGACUGUGAAUCCUAAGCCUGACUCAGUGGACUGCUUUCUGUUCCCCUCCCUCCUCUUCCUCAGCCCUGUUCUGCACCCUCAAGCCUUUCUCCAAUGCCUCCCAGGAGGAUUUAGGGACCUUCUCACUGAGGCAUCCAGGUCCCGCUCAGAGGCCUCACAGGGACCUGGCAAGGCCUGACCUCCCGCCCAAACCUGAUUCUGCAGCUCCCCCUCGAGAAAGCAAGGCGUUUGAUUUUGCAUGUUUUCUGGCAUGAAUGAAGACACUUACACUUGUGUAUAUGUGAGCGUACAGUUUGUUCUCACACUGUCACCAUAGCGACAGGUCCUGGCCCCCAGUGGUUCAUCCUGUCUGGCCCCUCCUCACCCUGCCCCUGCACCCACCCCGCUUCAGGGAAGCCCCGAGCCCUGUGGCCCCAUGUGCUUCCAGGCUUAGCUCCCACCUCCACCCAACUGAUAGAUGGGGUUUGCUUUUCGUUUCACACUGGGCUCCUCUGUUGCUGUCUUCUUGGACCAGCCCCCCACCCAUCCUGUUCACCUCUCCAGAGUGCACCCCACCCGCCGCUGCUCCGCGUUUCUUCCAAACCUCGAAACCAACCAGACCGUGAAAAGUAUUUUUGUACCCUGUGUAACAAAAUAUUUAUGCAUCAUAAAGGAUUUUUCAUGUGUGUACCAUUAAUUAUUAAAGAGACCUCGUUCGCCCUGUCAGAUAAGUUUAAUGUUUAGUUUGAGGCAUGAAGAAGAAAAGGGUUUUCGUUCUUCAGCAGCGAGCCUUUGUGUCAGGCAUUUGUUUAAGAAAAUGAAAUGAAGGAAACGUUGUGCAAUGUUUUUUGUUUUGAGCAUAUCAGUGCUUUACCGUCAGCCACAGCUGUGACCGUCUGGCCAUUUCAGAGUCGGGAGCCGAGGUGGCUGUUGCCAUUGCUGACCCUGUGAGAAUGUGAAACUGGAUAAUAUAUGAAAUGCAAAAUAAAACAAAAUCAAGAUGA